CCAUUCCCAACCCUCCAUCCCCCAUUGGAGCUGUUUCUCUCUCUAGGUUCAUAAAAAGGAAGAAAUUCCCCAAAGUUUCCUCCUUUUUCUCUCGCUUUUCUCUCCCCCAUCUUUUCCUGCCUCAAGAAUUGACGUUCGUACUUUGAAGGGUCUCUCUCUCUCUCCCCACUCCCUAAAAUAAUGCUUUGUCGAUUCACUUCAAUUAUUUAUUCAGUCGCCAUCACCAGAUAGACGUGCUCCCACCCAAAACGAGGGAGGCAAAAAAAAAGUAAGCCAAACCCCAUCUCCAGGAAGAGUACCAGUCCCCCGACAAUGUCCCCAAAUCUUCACCCCCCGCCUCCGCCGUCGCCCUGUCUCCUCCUGUGGAAUUUCUGAAAAGGUAUGGGGUGGUGGUUUGAUGACUGUACAAGAUCAUGGUGCAGUGCGUAGAUGGAAUCAAGCAUUUUUGUGUCGCUAUUGCAACUUGUUGUGAUGCAGAAAAGCGACCUCGAGGUCUGGAAAAUCCAGAAGCUCUGGCAAGGGAGACAGUCUUUAGCGUGAGUGAAAUAGAAGCAUUAUAUGAACUUUUCAAGAAGAUCAGCAGUGCUGUAGUUGAUGAUGGGCUGAUCAACAAGGAGGAAUUUCAAUUAGCACUCUUUAAGACAAAUAAAAAGGAGAGCCUGUUUGCAGAUAGGGUGUUUGACUUGUUUGAUACUAAACACAACGGAAUACUAGAUUUUGCAGAAUUUGCUAGAGCUCUAUCUGUCUUUCACCCCAAUGCACCGAUUGAAGAUAAGAUUGAAUUUUCCUUCCAACUUUAUGACCUCAAACAACAAGGUUUUAUAGAGAGGCAGGAGGUAAAGCAAAUGGUAGUUGCUACCCUUGCUGAAUCUGGUAUGAAUCUCUCGGAUGAUGUCAUAGAAAGUAUCAUUGACAAGACUUUUGAGGAAGCCGAUACUAAACAUGAUGGCAAGAUUGACAAGGAAGAAUGGCGGAGCCUUGUUUUGAGACAUCCAUCCCUUUUGAAAAACAUGACACUCCAAUAUCUAAAGGACAUCACAACUACAUUCCCAAGUUUUGUGUUUCACUCCCAAGUUGAUGAUACCUGAGUUUUGGAUCUGCAUUGAUUUGAAGAUUGUGCCGAGAAAUUCUUUCUUUCUUUAUGAUUAUUGUUUCUUAUUCAACUCCUUUCUUAAGCGACAGUGACCUUUUCUCUGUAAAGGUGACUAUUUGGUAGUGUUGGAAUGUGAGAUGGAUUCUUAAGAUUGUAUUUAGGAGAUUCAUUUUGUGAGGUUGUAUUAGUUGGUUGCAGAAUCUUGCGUCUAUCGUGCUACCAGUCCGUUCACGGAAUUGAUUUACGAAGUGACAUGCACCUAUCAUCGGGGUGUAGUAUAUGUUCCGUUUGUUAAAUGCGCAAAUGCACGGUCAUGUCAUAUGAUGGAUGGACCCGUCUUAUAAAUCAAAAGACGAGUUGUUCGUGUUA